UAGCAUGUGUUGUAGUUGUGCUUAGACUCUUGGAAUUGAAGUUCACGUAGUCGUAGUGGGAUUGUCUUUAUUCUCAAAUUUUCAAUUCCGUUGACGACCUACCACACCAAACCCUUUCGGCUUCUCUUUAUGUGGGUUGGUAAACAGUUAGUCUGUUAAAACUUGUAGUGAAGCGAUAACCGCAGUUAGUGGUUAACAGAUAAUCAAUAUUUACUUAAUAUGUAGCUCGAUUAUCGGUUGGCUUAUUUUACUUAGUGGCUAAUCACUAAUCGAUUAUAAACCAACAUUCAUAAUUCUUAAUUUUUCAAUUCUCAACAAUGACAAACAACUUCUACCUAAAGUCUCAAAUGUUUCGAAGAAGCAUAACCCAAAAGUCACCUUCUCUAUCCAGCUCCUGUUUGCACUCGAUGAAGCAAACCUCACUCUUUAGUAUUUUUUUCUCAUUUUGUGAAUAAUGAUGAUAUUUAGUGCUUGUGUUGAUAUCUAUAUAGUUGGUACUAGCCAAUUGGAUAGGACUUUCUUUAUUUUUUACUUAGAAUUUGGAUUUGGAUAUGAGUUCAUGAGGGAUGAUAUAUUCUAUUUAUAUAAUUUUUUGUAAUUAUUAUUUUAUGUUAACAAUUUAGGAUUAUAGUGAAUUAUUUGAAUAAUUUUGUGUGGUUAUAUUUUAUUAUUAAAAGGAAACCAAAAAACAAAAUUAAGAACAACAAAAGAAAAUGACAUAUGUGGAGGUUAUUAUUAGUAAGUGGUUAACUGCCAAACUAAUCGAUAAUCGAUAAUUAGUAUCAGUUCGGUUAUCGAUAAAUAUUUUUUACUUAUUGGUUAACCACUAACCAAUAAAUCAAUUAUUGAUUCACAAAAAUUGAACCGAUUAUCACCCUAUUAGUAUGUAAGAUUAAGGUUGUCUUAACUCUUAACGGUACACUCGUUGUUGCUUUUUUAAGUCUCCUCCAAUGUAGUCAAAAGCGUGAUUCAACUUAGAAGUAUUUUUGUGAUAUGAAAGUUUAACAGAAUAAGUUUCUAAUCUUUAAAGUACAAAUUCGCUACAUUAAUAAGAAAAACAACGUGAUUCUUUGUAUAAAUAUUUUGAUAAUCUAUAAGUGUAAUCUUUUAACCUUUAAAAUGUGGUUUUGACCACACUCUCCCAUCAAGUCAUCUUGAUGGACCAAAAAUUAAGGAAGGUCUUUCAAAAUUUAAUGAAAUUUGGAUUAAUGUUAUCGGUAGUUGAUAUAAUUUUAAUAGACAAGUCUCUAUAUAAAUAUCUCUAUGCGCGUAGCUGAUUAUUUAUUUGUAAUCUCAAUCCACUAGUUUUCGACAAUUUAUUUUAAAGAUAAUCAUAUAUAUUGAUUUGAACAAUAGAUUAUUAUAUUUUGGAAUUUAACCAGAUUAGAAAUCAAACAAGCGACACGUAAUCGGGAUAAUGAAAGAGUCUUUCUAGCCAUCAAAUGGGUUACUCUAUUACUACUCCGACCUACAAAUCGCACAUUAAGUCCAGUGUAAAUAGUCAAAUAGCGGAUGACUUCCUCAAGGAUAAGCCCUAUCCGAUUAUCACGGGUAUCUGCCUGAUUAACUUUAUCGAUGACCACUUUGGCAUCCCCUUCCAGCCUUGUCUCCGCAAACCCAUUCUCCAUACAUCAGUGGAUAGAUUCAUGGAGAAUGAGGAGCUCGACUACCAUAGGGUCAUCAAUAUCAACAAACUGCACCCCUUUUGCCACAAGGAUCAUCCCUUCUUGGUUCUGGAUAAUCAUUCCCCCCGUAGAGUGGACACAUACUUAGUUGCCUCAUCUCACAUGCAGAUAACUGAAUUAGGGUUCCCACUACCAAAGUACCUCGUUUGUGGUAUGAAUGACUGCACAACACAAUUAACUGGCAAACUAAUCCACUCAUGAUACUGCUGGUGAAAUUGUUGCAUCAAAGAUGGGAUCCCAAAUUGUUUGCCCUCAAAGACUACCCAAUUUUGUGAUCUCCAAAUCCUCCAAAAGACUGCGACAACUGCCAUAAACAUCUGAGGUUGAUGUAUAAGGACUAUCAAUUUUUUAAAGAAGAACGAAAAAGUAUGGCGAGGCAAACCUUGGCCAAGAUAUUCGAGACCCGAAUGAUCCCAAAGAGCCCUUGGCACUAGGCAAUCAAGAAACAAAUGUUCCAUUGUUUUCGAUGCCACCCAAAACACCGGACACCUGGGAAGCACCAAGUCUUCUGAUAGCGUCGUAUUUGCACAUGUUUGCACCUUUAUUUCUUGACCGUUUUAGCUCGAAUUUGUGGUUCCUUGGCCUAUUUUACGCUAGGUUGUGCUAUUUUGUCACAUUUCAGGUCUUAGCAGGUAAAGGAAGACUUAGGCUCAAGUUUCGGAUUGUUUGGAGAUCAUUUGGUGGUUCUGGAGACAAAUUACCGUCGUCCCCUGCACCAAAUACGGCUAUAAUUCACAAAUUACUGUCAGUAUUUUUAUGCUGAGCAUGAUGAAGGCUCGGGUGAGAAUUACGGUCAAGUUUCCCAAAAAUACGACCUUAUUUCUCCAGCGUCCAACUCGUAUUUUUAUGACCGAGGCUAGCCCUUGAAGAAUGCUGAAGGAAAGCAAAUUACGGGCAGACGAAGACAAAACACGAACGUAAUUUGGAAAAUACUACCAGUAAUUUUCAAAAUACUGCCAGUCAUUUUCAAAAUACUGCCAGUAUUUUUCUAACCGCGACCAUGGUUCUCUCCAUCUCAACUUAACCAAAACGCGCGUUUUGGGCAAAAUACGGGCAGUGGAGAAAUACGACCAUAUUCUUGCCCGUAUUUUGCCCAGAAUUGGAAAGAGGCAAUUUUGAGGCCAAAGAUUGCGUCCCCAGAAGUGUAGAUUGACAUUCCAGAGUAGAUUAUUCCCAUCCUUACGAGUAUGACUGCUUUGAUUUCUGUUUUUCUCUCUCACUCUCUAUGAAGUAGACCUUUCUCUCACUUGGGUAUGAAGAACCCUAGUUCCAUGUGCUAAGGAUCUUGAUUGUAAUGACUUUUGGGAUGAUAUACUGAUUGAUUUUAAUCGAUUGAAGUGUGUUUAUUGAGUCAAUUGAAUCCUGAUCAACUUCUUUUGAUUUCUGCUUCAACCUGUGAUAGAUAGAAUCUAAAUAAGUUGUUAGAGCUUCUUCAAUCGAUAGGAGUGAAUUGAUUGUACGAGAGUCGGUCAAUUCACUGCUUUGUACUGGAAUCUAUUUCCAGUAGUGGAUUUUUGUGUGAAUUGCCUUAGUAGUCUAUUCCGGAGAAGGCUAGUUGCCUGCCGCGUAUUCUGUCUAAGAGGGCUUGGUCCGCUUAAUAGAUUCCAAGCUAUUUU